GUAUUAAAUAGGAAAUAUUAAGCGCUAAAUUCCUUAACUUGCCUUUAUAUUCUCUUUUCUAUACAGAUUGCUACAGUGCCUUUCCUGCAUUUUUGGACCGCGACUUCGGUGAUUCACACCUGCCCAUUAACACCUGGGAGUUUUUUUUUGGCUUCUCCAUUGUUCAUAUAAUUACAUCUUUAUCUGAACAGUGUAAGAGAGCCAGGGGUUCCUUAGGGAGACCCCCCUUGGGGUGGCCCGGCCUUGUGCCGCCCCCUAUAUUUUUUCCCCAUCGGAGAAUCUUCAUUAAGAGGUUUCAACGAUGGACAAGAAGCAGAGAAAUCCAUCUCUUCUGACGCUGUACUCCGUCCUGAAGGACUUCAGGGGGGAACACACGGACUUUGAGGCCCUCGCUUCUUAUUAUGAACAUCACUACCGGGUCGAAUUCGGCGAGAACAUCGUCCUAAAGCACUUCCUUCUAACAUGUGAUGUGGACCCGAGGAUGAGGGCCAAAGAGAACAUCAUGCAUUUCUGGAAAAUGCUCAACUCACUGGAAGUGAUUAAGAGGGAAUAUGCCGCCCUCAGGAAAUCUGCGAAGCUGCCUCCUGAUCAUCCAACUCGAGUGCGAAACCGGAGGAAGCAGCUUGAGUAUUUGCGGCUGGAGAAUACUAUCAACCAACAUCUGACCCACCUUCACCAUGAGUUCUUGAGGGAGCUGAAGCUAAAGAAAGCUGCUCGUAAGAAACAAGUACACAGUCCUGCAGCUGAAGAAAAGGAGGAUGGAGCCCCUGCAGCAGAAGAUGAGGAAGCCCUUGAUACAGAAGACAGGGAAGAGGAAGCGGAAGGAGCUCCAGCUGAAGACCCUGCAGUGGAGGAGAAGAUGAUGGAGGAGCAAGCUCCAGCAGAGGAAGAAAAGGAAGAAGAAGCUCCUGGAGCAGCAGAAGAGGAAGCUCUUGCCUCUCAGGAGAAAGGAGAAGGUGCUGAAGAUAAGGAAGAAGUGGAUGGUCCAACAAAUGAAGACACAGCUCCUCCCGCUGAAGAACAGCAAGUCCCUGAAGAGGAGGAGAAAGAAGAGGGAGUGGAAGUAGGAGGUUCUGCAGAAGAACAUCAAGCUCCUGGAAUGGAGGAGAAGACAGAGGAGCAAUCUCCUGCAGUGGAGGAGAAAGAGGAGGGAGCUGAUGGUGAAGAAGGGAUCAUGAAAGAUUCUCUGGUGGUGGAGAGGCCGACCCUCCGAAAACAGUUCAGGAAGGCCAUCAUGAAGAGGCUCCGGAGAGUUUGGCAUUCCACCCAAAGACUCGCCGCCUGCUGCUGCUGCUGCUGCCGCCGACCCAACACCAUGGCCUAAAUCCAAAGAAAUCCUAAAUGAUCCAGGGUGUAAAACCGACUGCCGUUUCUAGGAGUCAGGAAGGAAUUUUUACCUAUAGUGCAGAUUGGUUCCCAUAGUACUCUAGGGUUUUUCGCCUUCCUCUGGAUCAUUGGUCGUUAGGGAUGCCCAAAUAUAAAUUA